CUCUUCACUUUCUGCAUUCCGCACACUAUACCCUCCAUGGCUUCCACUACCGCCCUCCCAGCCACCGGUUCCGGUCUCAUCGUAAGCUUCGGCGAGAUGCUCAUCGACUUCGUCCCUACCGUUUCUGGCGUCUCCCUCGCCGAAGCCCCAGGCUUCCUCAAGGCACCCGGCGGCGCUCCUGCCAACGUCGCCAUCGCCGUCUCUCGCCUCGGCGGCAAGUCUGCCUUCGUCGGCAAGCUCGGCGAUGAUGAGUUUGGCCACAUGCUCGCCGGAAUCCUCAAGGAAAACAACGUCGUCGCAGACGGCAUCGCCUUCGAUGAAGGCGCACGCACUGCACUCGCCUUCGUGACACUACGCUCCGACGGCGAGCGUGAGUUCAUGUUCUAUCGGAAUCCCAGCGCCGAUAUGCUCCUCAAGCCCGAAGAUCUCAAUCUCGAUCUCAUCAGAUCUGCGAAAGUGUUUCACUACGGAUCGAUAAGCUUGAUAGUGGAGCCAUGCAGAUCGGCACACGUGAAGGCGAUGGAAGUGGCAAAGGAGGCAGGGUGCUUGCUCUCCUACGACCCUAACCUGCGGCUGCCGCUGUGGCCGUCCGCGGAGGAGGCACGGAAGCAGAUACUGAGCAUAUGGGAGAAGGCUGACGUCAUCAAGGUGAGUGACAAUGAGCUGGAGUUCCUUACCGGCAGCGACAAGAUCGACUAUGCUUCUGCUCUCUCCCUCUGGCACCCCAACUUGAAGCUUCUCCUUGUCACCCUUGGUGAACAUGGUUCCAGAUACUACACCAAGAAAUUCCAUGGACAAGUGGAUGGUUUUCGUGUUGACACAGUAGAUACAACUGGCGCUGGUGAUUCCUUUGUUGGCGCUCUACUAUGCAAGAUUGUCGACGAUCAUUCCAUUCUUGAAGACGAAGCAAGGUUAAGGGAAGUAAUCAAGUUUGCAAAUGCAUGUGGGGCAAUUACAACUAUCAAAAAGGGAGCCAUUCCAGCUCUUCCUGCAGAGCAUGAAGCCCUUAAGCUCAUCAAUGGAGCAUAGAGACUUCAGGUACAUAAUAGUGCUAGUAGUGUCUUUUAAUUUUUCUUGUAUAGGAAGGAUUCUCUUUCCAUUACAUCUCUUUUAGUCACUUUUCUGUUCGACUUGUUUAGCUAUCAAUGCAUUUUGGAAUAACCGUCACAUUUUCUUUCUUCCAAAAAUUUUAUAACCUUAAAAGGCCAAAUUGCGGCAUGAGUUUUGGCUGAAACCUGCAAUUCUAUGGCCACAAGGUAUUCCAACCGCGCACCUCACAGAUCAAGGUGAUCAUAGUAACAUAAGAUCAAAACUAAGACUCUUAAUUUCCGCCCAAAGAAAAAAAAUUGGACUUAAUAUAUCAGGGCCGAAAAAUUGAAAAACUCCUACUAACAAUAUUGUUCUUCCUUGUUUACAAUUGAUCCAAUGUCUUAGGUAGCAAUUACCAUCUUUUUUUUGUUGGUGCUUUCUUGUGCAAGAUUUUGGAUAAUCAAUUCAUAUUUGCAGUGAGUCAAUUCCUAAUGCUACCACAAUCAUACCUGUCUAAGCUGAAUUUGAAUCAUAUGCACUGUAAUUAUAUCUAU